AUGGGUGGUCAUGGCACAAAUUUCAGUCGAUGCUCAGUAGAAGCAUUCAAGACGUUCAUUGAGAAAAAACGAGGCAACUGCUUAUUUGUUGAGAAUGUUCACAAACCUGCAUCUAAUAUGAAAGGAGUAACACUCAACGGUCUUUUACCCCUGCCUGUGCAAAAAGGUUCAUGGGGUGAAUGGGGUCCGUUUUCUCCAUGUUCUCGAACUUGUGGAACCGGUGUCAUGAUUUCACAGCGAGAGUGUGACUCUCCUAAGCCUGUUAAUUCUGCUGAUUGCCCUGGUAAUGGAUACAAAGCGAAAUUAUGCAACUUGAAGCCUUGUGCCACUGACUCAAACAAUGCUGUCCAAUUAGCAAACAAUCACGCUACAGAAGUCUGCAGAAAUUUCGUGAAAACAGGAGUUCUUUCCUCGGCAACAUUUCUGCAAAAAGGACAUGUCUACAAUAUCAAAGAUACUUUGAUGGGUUGUGAAGUUAUGUGUCAACCCAAAAAAGGACACCAUCGACAAAGAAUGGGAUUAAUGCCUGAUGGCAGUCCCUGUUUUAAGCCUAAUUCAGAUUACAAAUUCCCGGCGCAUGACAAGAACGUGAAGUACCGUUGUCUCAAAGGAGUGUGCCAAGUUUUUGAUUGUGCCAACCAGUUCCCACCAUCAGAGUUUGGUAAAAGUCCUAAGUGCGAAAAGUCAGAGAUAAUUGGUUGGUAA